UCAGUGGAGCAGCAGAACUCUUGCUGACACCACACUCAUCACCAUGGCGCUGCACAAUACCUGGGUGGUCCUGAUGCUGGUCCUUAGCCUUCGUGGUCAAGUUCAAACAGGGAAAAUCAUCGGGGGACGCAAAGCUGACCCUCAUAGUAGACCCUACAUGGUGCUUUUGGAAAUGAAAACUUUGCAGGGAACCAUCAUAUAUUGUGACGGCUUCCUGAUCAGCGAUCAGUUUGUGGUUACAGCUGCUCACUGCCAGGCCUGUAUCUAUAACGUCUAUGUAGGUCUUCAUAAGUUCAAGAAUGAUCAAACUCCGAAGGCCAUUCAAGUGAGUCAAGCAAUUCCACAUGAGGACUACAAUGAAAAACCAAUAUUGAACGACUUAAUGCUACUGCAGUUAAGUGAGAAGGUAAACAUCACAGAGCAUGUCAGACCGAUUAAUUUAGCAAGCCGAGUUGAUCAUCUGCCUCAACGCUGUAUAGUCUCGGGCUGGGGAUUUAGCGAAGAGAAUCUGAACGAAAUGGCCAGCGAGCUGAGGGAAGUUAAUGUUACCCUUGUGAAGCAUACACUCCCUGCUGAGCGCCAUGUUUACUCCUCCCUUGGAGAAAGCGGACCUUCCCAUGGAGACUCUGGCGGUCCACUUGUUUGUGAAGGUGAAGUGGCAUACGGUGUUGUGUCAGGCGGCACAGAGAAAUUCAAACUGUACACUAAAAUCCCGGACUAUCUUGAUUGGAUUUUAUGCCACAUGAUGAAAAAGUGACACCAGAAUGUCAUCGUUAAUUUGUCGUGCUUUGUGAACCUUGUUGAUGAAUAAAUCGCUGUUCCACACACCUGUCCUGAUUCUCUCACCUCAUGGAAUGGGACACGUUGUGGGAGAAAAUGAAAAGGAACUAAAACUUAGCAGAAUAGCAUGCAUUCUUUGUUUUCGUGUGAGUGUAAAUGUUUGUGUACUUUUUCUAAUGCAUCUAAACCUGGUUGAAACGAAGUCAUCCCUGUUUAAAACUUGAAUAACUUCACAUUCUUGAUCCACUGAAUGAUAAAUUGUUUAAAAAUUAAAUUAGACUGCCACCUUGUGUACAUGCAUUGGAUGAACUUACUUAUUUAGAUUAACAACGACCAAAUAAAUCAAUUCUUUCCAGCAUGAGAUAUUUUGCUAAUUUAUGGAUUUUAUAUUAUAAUCCAAUAACUGACAGAGAUGACUGAUCAUGCCAGAAUGAUGUUACCUCAGAAUCCCUUGGACAGACUUAGAGGCUCCUGAAUAUAGAAAUAUAUCUUGUUAUGAAGAAUUGCAAAAGCCAGUUGUUACUGGAGAGAUAUGACAGAGGUAAAUCAUGAGUGACGUGUGUGGCUGUGUGUGUGUGUGUGUGUGUGUGUGUGUGUGUGUGUGUGUGUGUGUGUGUGUAUAGCAGACCACUAUACAGGUUUUUCUUAAACUGAAGUUAGUUUGAGCUGAGAUUAAAGGACUAAGAUUUGAUGUGGCUUCU